GGCGUGUCGGCAGCAGCAGGGUUGUGGAGAAGGGGAUAUAGCUCGCAGCAGGAACAGGUGUCCUGCGAAGCGGAUCUGCCAGUUCAAAUGGAAAACCCCUAUAAGGAUCCUCCUAAAAGAUGUGUCUUGUGUGGAAUAAAUGUAGACUACAAGAAUGUACAGCUUCUGUCCCAGUUUGUUUCACCAUAUACUGGUCGCAUUUACGGCAGACACAUAACAGGGUUGUGUGGGAAGAAACAGAAAGAAAUUACAAAAGCCAUUAAAAGAGCUCAUGUAAUUGGAUUUAUGCCAGUUGUGUACAAGGAUCCAACAUUUCUUAAUGACCCCAAAAUUUGUGAUAUCAGACAUCCGGAGUAAGUUAUGUAAAUUGUGCAGAAAACAAUAAAAUUAUUUUAUGAUGUU